AUGAGGAAACUGGUGGCCAACGCCAGGAUCUCUCUGUCCAGUGCCUGGACCUUGCGUCCCACCCCAAGCCCAUCCAGCCUGCAAACCUGGCUGAGCGAGAAGCCCUACAUCUGCGAGAUCUGCGGGAAGAGCUUCACCAGCCGCCCCAACAUGAAGCGGCAUCGCCGGACCCACACAGGCGAGAAGCCGUACCCCUGCGACGUCUGCGGCCAACGCUUCCGCUUCUCCAACAUGCUCAAAGCACACAAGGAGAAAUGUUUCCGCGUCAGCAACCCCUUGGCUUCGGACACAGCCGUCCCCCAACCUGCUGCCAGCCCGGCUCCGCUGCCCCCCAGCCCCGGCGUCUCCCCCCGUGUCGUUCUCCAUUUCAUCUUCCCAUGCAUCGGCUUCAUCUUCAUGCCGGGAUGCUGGCAGGGCUCAGAGGAGCAGGAUGCCGCGCCGUCCGGGGUUGAGCUCGCCGGCGUCAUAUGCCUGCUCGCUAGCCGAAUGAAUGCCUGCUGGCGGUUCAAUAUUUAUCAUAAGCCGAAAUCUAGCUAG